UGCCUCUUCCUUCAUCUCUGCCUGCCGUCGUUCGCUGUCCUUCUUUCCGGUCAUGGUCUCGGCUCCGGAGGAAACUGGUUGGCGAGUGCACCAAAAAUGUCAACUUCGCGAGGUGACUUGGAACAAAAGUUCUCGAUCGACUUGGAUCCUCUCGUGGGGCUGCUCCGUCCUUCACCCUACUCAUCAUCUGGAGAACAAUUAGGUGACGGCAUCGAACAAUCCUUACCAACGCCACAUGAUGAGGAAUCAGAUGAGGAAAAAGGAUGGAAGAGGGAUUUGAAGCAUGCUGUAAGUGGUAACAAGUGGAGUGAAGCGAAGGAAAUUAUAGAUCAAAACCCUAAUGCCUUGACUGCUGGAAUUACUAAAUCAAAGAGCACAGCGCUUCAUGUGGCUGCCCAGCUUGGCCAUGUGACCAUAGUGGAGGAGUUGCUCAAAUUACUGCCUCCAGAAUGCAUUGCAGCUCGUGAUUCUAACGGUCGUACAGCCCUUGCCUUGGCUAGUUGGUUCAGCGGAAUCACUCAAAUUGCAAAAUGCCUCGUAGACAAGAAUAGUGACAUACUUGGUAUUCCAAGCGGUGGUAAUCAUCUUCCUGUCACAGUUGCCUUUAGAAAUGGUCACCACGAAAUGGGACGUUAUCUUUAUUCUGUCACUCCCUUGGAAUACCUCAAAGGCCGCUGGGGUUCUCAGCUUCUUAGUUUUUGUUUCCGUGAACAAUGUUUCGGAGGUGGAGAGUUUAACGCCCCCAAGCCUUUGGGGACAUCGAAACAAUCAUGGUAUGACACCUAGAGAAUUAUUCAGAGAAAAUCACAAAGAAUUAAUGAAGCAAGGAGAGAAAUGGAUAAAGGCCACAGCAUCUUCAUGCUCAGUGGUUGGUACCCUGAUUGUGACCAUUAUGUUUGCAGCAGCUUUUACUGUUCCAGGAGGAAAUGACCAAAAUAUUGGAUAUCCAUUAUUAAUCAAACAAC